AUGCUGGGGUCCGGUUGUUAUAAAACCGGAGAGAUGGAGGCUUCCUUGAUCAAAGCUACUUGUGAGAUCAAUCUGAACAGACCUCGAGAAGCUAUAGCUACUCUAAGCUGCAGAUUGACACAUCAGACACCGAGAAAAUCAUACGGAGGCAUUUGCAAAGUGAAGAGCCCACUUCUGAAGGCACGUCUUUGCAAUAACGGUUUUGAUACUGCCUUCGCGAUAUUGAACGAGCUGAGAGACAAACAAAAAGUUCAGUAUGCCGGUGUAUUUGUCAAUAGUAUGGAAAAGAUUACUUAG